AUGUUGUGGUUGUGGCGCUCGUCGUCAUUAACGCGCUUACUAUAUCUCGCUGCGUUCUUGACUGUUUGUUCGAUUGCUUUUUACACGUUUAGUCUCUCGUCGCUGUAUACCGGUCGCAGCAAUGUUCCGUUGAAAUAUGGCGUUGGUGUACCGGUUAGCAACGACAACAAGGGUUCUUGGCAUCCUAUCGACGACUUGGUCGCAAAUGCCAAUGCAGAAUGGAGCGCUCUGUUGAAGAAAGAAACAAAAACCGCAAAGGUGGCGGCCAAAGAAUACCGUCGUCGUCGGGGUCGACAUCCCCCACCUGGGUUUGCUGAGUGGUUCGAAUUUGCCCAGUCCAAGGACGCGGUGGUAGUUGAGGACUUCUUCGAUCAGAUCUACCAUGAUCUCAGUCCAUUUUGGGGUCUUGAGCCGAAGGAACUCCGACGGCAGGCUAGGAGCUUCGAACCGCGCAUUAGGGUUCGCAAUCGUACCGCGGAUGCUGUUGUAGGGGGUGGUUCGAUCUGGUUGGAUGCGUGGCUUGAUCUUGUCCGUUCUGUCGAGGGGUAUCUGCCGGAUCUUGAUAUGCCGUUUAACUCCAUGGAUGAAUCGAGGAUUGUCGCUCCGUGGGAGACGAUAAGCGAAUAUGUUGAAAAGGAACGGUCCAGUCGACAUAAAAUGAUGGAUUCGAAUCCCAAACGACUUCGAACACAAUACAUUGCCUUGUCUGAUGAGGAACAGUUCGAGCCGUUCAUGCCUAGGUAUUAUGGCCCAGCUGAUGGUCCUUUCUGGGAUAUGGCUCGUGUCGGAUGUCCACCAGAAAGUCCAGCACGCAAUGGUAGCCGGAUUACAGAUACAAACCUGGCUUUGUCAAUGGGAAUGGACAAUUUCAUGCAGCAAUCAGAGAAUGGAUAUGUAGGAAACUGGACCCAGGCCAAGGACGUUUGUUUCCGGCCUGAACUGCAGGCCCUGUUUGGGACCUUUAUUGAGCCCUUGUCCGUAUCGACGACACGUGAACUGUUUCCUCUAUUUGGAGGGUCCAAGCUUGGCGUCAAUAAUGAGAUCUUGAUUCCACCGGCGAUGUACUGGGCUGAAAAUGAGUGGUAUUCGGGGGGAGAUGUGCACGGGGGCGAGUGGGAAUUGAAGAAAGAUGUUCUUGCCUGGCGUGGUUCUGCAACGGGAGGCCGGAAUAGACCUAAGAACUGGACUGGAUUCCAGCGCCAUCGUCUACUGGCCAUGUUGAACGCGACAUCCGUUGCUUCUGCGGAACAGAACAGCGCCCGCUUCUUGAAUUUUAUCCUUCCCAGCUACGACUACUACAACUUGACCUCUGGUCUUGAAGGCCAUCUACCCGAUUUCCUAAACGAGCAUGUCGAUUCAGGGUUCGUCCAUCUAAUCUGCUUCCCCUGCGAUGAAGAAGGCGGACCUUGUGAGUUCGACGGCGCAGAUCCACAUUGCACCUACACAGAUCCAUAUUUCGCAGUAACCCCGGGCAUGCCCAUGGGCGAGCAAUACGCGAACAAAUAUCUCCCCGAUAUCGACGGCAACUCAUUCAGCGGCCGAUAUCGUGGCUUCUUACUCUCAACCUCGCUCCCCAUCAAAUCCACCAUCUACAACGAAUGGCACGACUCCCGCCUCAUCCCCUGGGCACAUUUUGUUCCUAUGGACUCCACUUACCUGGACAUGUACGGCAUCAUGGAGUACUUUAUUGGAUAUACCAACGGGACUGGGCAUGAUGAGGUUGCCCGGAAGAUUGCGCUGGAUGGCAAGGCGUGGGCGGAGAAAGUGCUCCGGCAUGAGGACAUGCAGAUUUACACAUAUCGGCUUUUGCUGGAGUAUGCGCGGAUAAGCGAUGAUAACCGAGAUUUUCUGGGCGUGGCGGAAGAUCUCUUGUGA